ACCACAGAUGGUCUAUCUUCUAGUCAACACACGACUACCAUUUAUAAUCAUCCAUCCACAGAGUGAAAGGUCUUAGGCUGAUAAAAUGUGCGAGUUCUCUAGGCGGCACCUUUAGUGUAUAUUCAACUACUUUCAGAACUUCACCUUCGAUAUAUCCGAUAAAAUGAACACACUACACAGUAUAAGAAUAUAUUAUAGCUGAAGCCUGAGAUAUAUACACAGAUAACCAGCAAGUCACCUAAAAAAUGCUAUCCGCUCUUUGGAAUAUGCGUCUCUAUUGUAUAGGCAGCACGCUGGUAACAGUCGCAGUGAUAGCAAACGCACACACGUACCAUGACUACCAAUAUUUUCCAACUGCCGUACGGCUAAUCAAUCACACAGCAACUGUAAUGCUGCUAUGCAAUCAAGCAUUCGUCGUGGGUAUUGUAUGUACAUACAUAACCACAUGCAUGUUAUUCGGUUCUAUAAGACCCGUGGAAGCUGCUAUGCUGUAUGAGAUGGCGUGGUUUGGAGUCACGGAGGCCUGCCUAGCCAUCUCCGUGUUCCGAGAGGAGUUUGCACCUAUGUUUGUGGCGAUGCUAAUCAUCCUGCACAUUGUCCAGCUUUCGCAUGCGCUACUCUCAACACGGUUGUUGUACAUGGAGCAGGUGCCAAAUCCGGGCCGCUUAUACCAUAUACGUAUCUGCGCUGUUUUAUCGCUGCUGGCCGUAUUGGAUUGCGGGAUGAUAGCUUACGCUAUACAUUCCUCGCUGGAACAUGGGCCGAGCGCGCAAUUUAUGUUUGGCUUCGAAUAUCUAUUGCUGACGACUUCGGUGCUAUAUUCGAUGGCUAAGUAUACAUUAAAUCUUUGCGAGCGCUACAAUAUCACUUCAACACAUGACAGGCAAGUGUACUUGUUCUAUUUGGGCUUAUGCAUGGACUUCGUGCGCAUGUUGAUAUUCACAUGCUUCUUCUCGGUGAUCAUGAGCUUCUACGGACUUCCUCUGCACAUCAUCCGUGGAUUGUACAUCUCUUCCAAGUCUUUCACACAACGACUGGCUGAAAUGCUCCGCUUCCGAGAGGCCACUAACAAUAUGAACAUAAGAUACCCGGCAGCAACUCAACAAGAACUAGAAGCUGCAGAUCACACUUGUGUCAUUUGCAGAGAAAUUAUGGACACGGCAAAGCGACUGCCGUGUGGCCACAUAUUCCACAUCCACUGUCUGCGGUCGUGGCUCCAAAGACAGCAGAUAUGCCCCAUCUGCCGAUCCCCGGUCCUGGAAUCUGAGCGCAUACGACUCAAUCUUCCGCAUCAUGUGCAGCUUAAUGGAAUUCCCCACGUCACAGCCCAACCUCAAGAUGUGCCCCACUUAGCGCCGCAAACCAAUCAAGGGCCGUAUGAUCGUUCAUCCAUGGGCUCCACUCCACUUCAAGGUGUGACUAGAGAACUUUUACCCGCUUCGUUACCUCCUGCGGGUGUAUUCAAUGUGGCGCAAGUGCCAUUAUUCGACGGUGCACCACCAGUCGCACCGACCUCAAUGACGGAUCUCACUCAUAUGUUCAGCCAACCGCAGCCAUCAUACAAUUGCGAGAAUAUGUCACUCGAAGAGAUAUGGACUGUCGUCAUUGCUGAAGAAGCACGGUUCAGGGCUCGUUUCCGCGCAAUCCGAGCUAUACAGAGCGACAUAGAUCGAGUCAUUCAAAGGCACGCUGCUAUGCACCACCUAUUCGUGCAUCCGCCACCUCUACCCUCUAAAUUCUUCAAAGCCAGUGCACCCAAAGAUGCGGUCGCUGACCAAUCAGCUCAUGGGACUGCCGGCGGUGCUGAUGGCCUGAGGCACAGGAUGCCGCAAUCAAGGUCAAAUGACAAGGGCAAGGAAAAGAAAGCUGCAUAGUAUCACCAAUCCAGCAGUAAAAUUGGUGGAAAUAUCUACCUUGAACAUUUCCGUUUCCCACUACCCAUUCUCUAUUAUGUUUGGUUCGGCGCCCAAAUUUUCGUAUGCUCGUCCAAAAAAUACAAAUACUGGAGGGGCGAGCGGUUUUUCCUUAUUAAAUAUCCCGAAGUAUUCCAC